AUGCCCGCCUCAUUAGCUCUUUAUUUUUCCCGGGCAUGUGGCCAGGAAGUGUAUAUCUGUGUGACCAUACACAUCUGUGUGACCAUGCAUAUCUGUGUGACCAUACAUACCUGCUUGCUGAUAGCGCGACUGUAUAUCUGUGUGACCAUACAUAUCUGUGUGACCAUACACAUCUGUGUGACCAUGCAUAUCUGUGAAGUGUAUAUCUGUGUGACCAUACAUAUCUGUGUGACCAUAAACAUCUGUGUGACCAUGCAUAUCUGUGUGACCAUACAUACCUGCUUGCCGAUAGCGUGA